CUGCACCCCAACGUAACGUCCGUUUGUUUAAAAGACCUGUAGGUAGUACGGCGUCCCGGGGAGGUAGCGGAGACGUUAACUGAGAGAAGAUGGAGUUUGAGACGACGGAGACCGUGCGCUCGACGCCGAGUCGCCACGAGAAAAGUUUGGGGCUCCUCACGAUGAAGUUUGUCAGUCUACUACAAGAAGCUAAGGAUGGCGUCCUUGAUUUAAAAGUGGCUGCAGACAGCUUGGCAGUGAAGCAGAAGAGGAGGAUAUAUGACAUCACCAAUGUGCUGGAAGGUGUUGGGCUGAUUGAGAAGAAGAACAAGAAUAUAAUCCAGUGGAGGGGGGAGAACAGAGGCAGCCAAACUCAGGAGGUGCUGGAGCAGGUGGAAGUUUUAAAGGCCCAAAUAUCUGAGCUGGAGGCUCAAGAGAAAGAGCUAGAUGACCAAAAGGCCUGGCUGGAAGAGAACAUCAAACACUUCAUUCAUGAUCCCAUCACCAGCAACUAUAAAUUUGUGACACAUGAAGACAUCUGCAGUGCUUUCAGUGGAGACACUCUUCUUGCUGUUGUUGCUCCUACUGGGACUCAGUUGGAGGUGCCACUGCCUGAACUGGGCCAGGCUGGUCAGAAGAGGUACCAGGUGAAUCUGCGCAGCUACUCGGCUCCCAUCCAAGUCAUGCUCAUCAACCGGGAUUCAGACUCCACAAUACCUGUGGUGUUUCCUGUACCACCAGCCGACAACAUCUGUCCGAUGCCAACUCCACCCAGCACUCCUGCCAGCCUGCAGAGGUUCCCUAUUUCUGUGUCUGCAAGCUCCACUUCCAACACCACCUCCUCCUACUGCAGCCAGGACUCUCUCUGCUCAGACCACCAGGUGGUGCUGCCAGAAGACAAACUGCUGACGCCAUCUUGCACCCCUCCUGAUGUGCAGAUGGAGUGUCACAGUCAGCAGAUGGACCUGGCAGGCCCAGAGUUCCAGUCCAUGCUGGACGUGAGCAGCCUGCUGAAGCUCAGUGCUGCUGGAGACCACAUGAAGAACGACGGAGAAGGAGCUGUUGAUCUGAUUGAUGAACUAAUGUCUACUGAUGGUAUAGACUACAGCUUCAACCUGGAUAACAGCGAGGGAGUGUGUGACCUGUUUGACAUGCAGAUCCUCAAUUACUAAUGGCUGACUGUGACUCUGCUGCAUGCAAAUACAAUCUUGAGGCAUAUUUUGCCUCACUUCAAAGAUGAUUCAAAGAUACUUUUUCCCAUUCUGUUACUGUUGCAGUUGAUGCUUUAAAACCUUUUUGUCAACUUAAAGAAUCGACACAUAUCUUAACUCCUGUGCAUUAGACAACUUCAACAUUCAGUUUACAUUAGCCUCUUUCCAGCAAAGUGCCUGAAUGAAUUUACCAUAAGGUAUUUACUGUGCGUAGCCAUGAGCCAUUAUGUCUCCACUGAGACUUUACUAGUUUAAUGGGUAAAUAUCUUCAGGAUUUUAGAUAAAUGAGGUGCCUCAGUGGAAGUGAGCCGAGACAAAUCCUUCAGCUUCCUGCUGCACUUUUCUGUGUAUCUUUGUAUUUUCCCACAUCCAGGGGAAAGCCUGAGACUUGAAGGCGACUGCUUUACUUUUUGCAGUUUAUCAACUUUUGGGACUGACAGUGUUUUGUUUUAGUUGAUAUUUACAGUAACUUGUAACAUGUUCAGUAUUCUUUUUAAAAUUUCAACACAGGGUUAAACUAGUUCAGGGUAUGUAAGGAAGUUAUUUUCUUUGCAUGUAAACCAAUCAAUACCAUAGUUAUAUUUCAACAAACAUUUUGUUUUGAAUGACUGAAUGUUUUGGUUGCAUUCUGUUACCUUGUUCUUGUGAAAAUGCAAAAAAGUUUUCUUUACUAAAUUAUUGUGACACUGCCAUUUUAGGCCACUUUUUGUCUUAAUUAAGUUUUUUUUCCUAUCAUUACAGGUAUAUAUUUGAAUAACUACUAUUUUUUACUUCAUUUAAGAGAAGAAAAAUAGUUAUUGGUUCUAGUUUGUUAAAACUGAAGCUAGUUAACUGCCUUAACCAUAAUUUAAUUAAUUAAAUUUGCUGUAUUUCUGAUCUGAAUUCUUAAAUAUUACAAGCCCUGAGUGGCAUUUUUGUAUAUUUAUAUCUCCUUUGUUGUUUGUGAAAAGAAGUAAUGUUUUUGUUGCACAUUUUUAAAAGUU